AAUUUCCUUUUCAAGGUGUUAAUUUUCAAUUUAUUGUAACGGUAGAAGUAUUUUGUAAUGUAAUGACAAAUACUAGAGAAGUGCCGCCGUCUCCUUUGAUCGGCUAGGAGUUGCACCCAACAUCACAGAAUCCCCAUCCUCUUCGAUCGGCUCUUUUCUGCAAUCAAGAACAUGGAAGUGCCGCCGUCUCCUUCCUAGGGCUUAGUAAGCCGCUGGGUGCUUUUCCGAAUUCGAUCGAUUCGAUCGAAGUUCGGCAUUCGUUUGUUUUGUUUUUUGCUCGUUUUGUUUUUCAGAGUGGUGAGGCUCGCAGGCCUUAGCUCCAGUUUCGACUCAGGGGUUGGGGAAGAGCGACGAACUCUAUUUGGAUUUCGAUUUUUGAAGGAGGGUUAAUCUAAAGUUUGUAGAUGGAAGAAAUUGUUCACAAUUAUAGGAAGAUGGCUAUUGGGAAGGCAACUAACAAACUUGAUUUUGAUACGGAGGAAGCCGGUGAUGAGGAAGUGACCGAAGAACAAAUUGGCUUUCCGGUGGUUGGGAUGGUGAUCUCCGAUAGGAAGGUGAACUUUCAGGCGCUGUAGGAUGCGAUGACUUCAGCUUGGCGUCCUGGUAAGGGAGUAUCCAUCAAGGAAAUCAAUGAAAAAAGGUAUCUUUUUACUUUUAAUCAUGUUUUAGAUAUGAACCGUGUGCUAGAAGAUGGUCCUUGGGUUUUUGAGAGAGAUUUAGUGUUGUUGAAAACAGUUCAACCAGAUGAUAUCCCUGAAAACUGAUUUUAUUUGAGGCAGACUUCUGGGUUCAGGUGCAUAAUGUUCCUCAAAAAUUUAGAAACCUGAAUUCUGCAAGGCGUAUUGGGAAUUUUAUUGGCUCUUUUAAAAAGUUUGAUGAAAAUAGUUAUGGAGACAAAAGAAAGUCUUUUUUGAGAAUCAGAAUCUGUAUGGAUGUUAGGAAGCCCCUGAAAAAGGGCACUUCUCUAAAAAAGGAAGGAAAGGGACAUUGGGUUGAUUUCAAGUAUGAGAAACUACCCAAUUUCUGUUUCAUAUGUGGGGUGAUUGGGCAUUCGGAUAAGUUUUGCUUGCUACGCUAUGAGGAGGGAAUUAUUAUUGAAAACUCUUUUGGAGUUGAGCUUAGGGCAGGUGGAGGAGCAAAGACUAGCCUAGCAGGCCCUAAUAAGUGGCUUGUACAAGAUCCUGUAAGCUUCAAAGGAGCCGGACAGCAGAGGAAGAAUGAACUCGAGGAGGAGCAAUCAGCUGAGACAGGGGCUAGCGCAGCUAAGCAAGGAACAAUUGAUGUGGAAGGGGAACCAGGAGAGACUAAACGCAGGAGAAUAUGGGAGGACAAGCUUAAAGAGAAUAUAAGGGAUGAAGACAUGGCACUUGAUGUGCCAAAAAAUGGGGAGACGGCGGGUCAGAACUCCUAGACCCGCCGGUUUGGCAGUGGAUGUUUUUGGUUAAGUUUUCGAGUGUUGGGGUUUAUUUCUUUCUUUGUUUUAGGCUUUAUUUUAACGGAUUUUCUGUUGUGCUUUGGUUUUAUUCUUCGUUUUACUGUGAAACUUUAGCAUUAGGUUUGGAGGUUGAAAGGUCUGCGGUAGGCGUCGUUAGCUUUAAUUUGCCCAAAUUCGGUCUAGCAAGUUAUAUUGCUUUGUUUAAGGUGAUUAACUCAGAGUCUCGGCCAUGGGCGGAUGGUUACAUGUGAUCCUUUCACGUUCUUGUACUCCUGCUGAUUGCUAUUUUAAUGAUAUAAGCGCUUUACGAUAAAAAAAUCAAUUUAUUGUGUUUGUUU